GGGCUUCCUCAUCCCCAUGGACGGAGCCAGGAUCAGUCCCUGCUGCACCUGCUCAGGCCCCCAGAUGGGUCUCCCCAUUGUGUGGCUGCUUUCAACCCCAUCUCAUGCUGGAGGAGCUGGAUCUGAGGUGGCAGUGGCGGAUCCUGCCGGGGCCAGGAGGCUGUGUUUUGCUUGGCAUCCCAGGCAGGAUUUGAGCUCGAGCCUAUGGAAACAAGCAGCUCAGUGUGUUAAUCCGAUCGGCCUUGGCGCCCCAGCUCCCCUCCAGCUGAUGGUGUCCUUGAGCCCAGCACCGUCCCCAGGCUGCAAGGCUGGUGAUGGUGGUGACAGCUCCAUCUUGGCAAGGUGUCUUGGACAGGGUGAUGGGGCAUGCAGCCCAAAAUCUCUGUGUGGGAGGUGGCAUCAUUGUCCUGGGGUUUUGGGAGCAGUGGCUGGCAAGCACUCGGCUGCCUCUGGGCUUGGUGGAGAUGGAGCAUCCUCAAGGGGUGCCCCAAAACCACCCCGCUGGGUGCCUUGGGAGCAGCCCCUGAGGCUGUCAGGGCUAACCUGGGUGCUCCAUCAGGUGCUCAGUCCUGGGGCAACCCCUCCACAGGUUCUGCACAGGGAUCCGAAGCAUGGAUGGAGCAGUUCCUGGAAGCUGCCACUCCACCUAGGCACCAACCAGGCUCUGGGACUGCUUCAGCCGAGCUGCGCUUCCAACCACUGAGGUUUUGCCAGGUCUGUGCUGGUCCUCGCCCAUCAUGCAUGGCUCAGGGAUGAGGACGUACAGCUUGUUGUAAUCCAUAUGGGGAUGAGGAUGCCCAGGGAUGGGGCUCGUGGCUUGAGGAUGUUCUACUUGUGGCUCAGGGAUGAAGAUUCAUGGCUCACAGCUCAGAUGGGGAAGCUGCUCUUGCCUUGCAUGGGGGUGAGCGCUGUGGAUGUGUCCCACCAGCCCUCCAUCCCGAAGGAUGGGUGCAGGGGCAGGGGAGUGGUUGGGCUUUGGCAGCUCCUGGGCAGUAGCCACAGUAUCACCCAUCUCGGCUCCGCUCACCAAAGUGCAGCAUUGAUUUUGAGCACGUGUCUGUGUGUGGUGGCCUUGGUGCUGGCAGCAGGAGCAGGGCAAAGACCUGAGACAGCAGAAAGCCAGCACCUGGCUCACCUGAAAGAGCUGUGUCCACAUCAAACGGGGACUGAGGCUGGCGCGUGUGAGUCCAGCCGGGGCAGCACCUCCACCACAGCCAGGCUGCAGAGGCUGGAUGGGAGCUGCUGGGCUGGCACAGCUCAGCCCCUCCAGCGGCUUCACUUUCACCAUCAAGGGGCAUCUCUGUGCAGUGGUGCAUGGUGCUGCAUGGUCGGUCUUCUUUGGUGUGGGUGGGAGAGCACCCAACAGCGAUGCUGGAGCCCAAACCUUUUUGCUUGCUCAACAUAGGUAAAGCUGGGGCUCAUCGUGCCACAAUCCCAGUGGAGGCCGGUGUGCCCUGCUCCUGGGGAAGCUGCUGCAGGGGCUGGAGCUUCCACUCAGACCCUGGAACAGGCAUUUGCCCCCACUCUGCUGGAUUUUGCAACCCAGGCUCAUGCUCUGCUGCAGCAAAAACCUCUGGUGCUGGCCCAGGGCCAAUGGGUGGAUGACAUGGGGGCUUCAAGCCACCCAUCCUCCUUCACUGCACUCCCUAUUCUAGGCUUCUGCUAUGCUCGGUCCGACCGCGGUCCCUCCUGCCGGCAUGGAUGCAAAACGGGUUGGCAAGCUGGGAAUUGGGGCUGGCGCCGGCAUCUCCUCGUGAUGCAGCAUCCUUGGAGGCCGCACAGACUGUCCGGCUCCAGCACUCCCGGAGGCUUGUGUGCUGGUAGCCACGGGAAGUGAGCAUGGCUCUGGGUGAGCUUUGGGGCCACGUGCUGUGGUCCCUGGGGGGUUCAUUGUCCCUCCCUGCACUCUUGGCCAUGCCUGAGUGUGGCGGCUGGGAAGCAGAGACCUUAAAUAACUCCAGAGCAUCCUCGCCCUCCUGGUCCUGGGCUUCCCGCCAGCAUCCCAGGAUGGGUUUUUGUGUGUGUGUGAAUAAAUUAGAACUUCCGAAACAAACCCCGCAACCGCCCCGCUGCACUAAGGCAAAACAAGCCCUGCCUGGCUCAGGCGGCACGCGGCUCUGUCUGUUGCCUCCGAGCCAGGCUUGCCUGAAACAAGCCGGCAAACCUGUCUCUCUCAGGUUUUUGGGAUGCUUCCUGGUGUUCUGAGGCUUGGGAGGUGAUUGGGAGCUUUGUGGUUGGACUGGAAGCUUUUCUUGCUGGCUGGAGUGGGAGCAACACAGGUAAUCGUUGAGGCCAUGGCCACCAGCACUUUUAUUUUCAAACCUUAUCUUUAUUGCAGUUUUCUCCUGCCCUGUUGGGAAAGGAGAAAUGCACCUUAUCUGGCUGGCUGCUGGCAGCACGACCUGUUCCCGGGCAGGGGAGAGGCGGAUGUCCUGCAUCAGCAGCACCUUCCACAUCCCCUGUGGCACAGAGGAUGGAGCCGGGAGCGAUGAUGCUGAGGGUGAUGCUGAGCUAGCCUGGCACGCACCUAUGAUGGGUGCUGGAUGGGAAAGGAAGGUCCCUGCAGCCCCUUACUGCCAGCUGAGCACCUCUGGGGUGUUAUCGCUCUGGCCUCUGGCCAUCGGCUUUAUUAUGGGUUUCUGACGCAGCAAUAAAGUCAAUUCUAAGCUGAGGACAGCUUCGCUGGCACCCCAAGAGCUGGAGCUGGCAGCACGCUGAUCUCAGGCUGGGGAUGCAGGAAUGGGGAGCUGAGGGGGCAGCCGGUCUCUGUGCCCACCCUGGGUCUGGUGGGAUGAGUGCUAGGAGGGGUCUGGGUCCUGCAGAGCAGGCGGCAGUGCCCAAGGCCAUCGUUGUGUCCAUCCCAGGGUGACUCCAGAUGCCUGAGGGGGCUGUUUCUCAGGGAUGUGCUACGGAGCACCCCAGAGUGCCAGGCAGGAGGGUGCAGGGGCCGUGGGGCUGUCCCUGCAGCACUCCCCUGUUAAUGGUUAAUGUGACUGGGCAGCAGAACAGGCUGUACCUUGCUGCUGCUGCUUGAAUCCCAGGCACUCCACCCCGGCCACCAGCCCCACAACACCCUGCUCCCACCCAGACUGUCCCCCAGACACUCCAACAGUGGCUUUGGGGGUGACGCUGUCACCUGCUUGAGCUGAGAUGUAGGAGAUGAGGCUGGGAUCAGGCCUGGCAGCACCCAGUGCUCUCCAGCAUGGGACAUCCUAGUUGGAUGCUCUCUUGAAGGAUGCGGGGUGACAGGAGCAGACCAGGAUCCCUUUUUUUCUCCCCCUAUGUAAUCCCUUUGGCACCCCAGCCAGGAGAGGGGGUACUGUGCCUCUUGGCCACCAUUUCUGGGAGGGGAAAAGCAUUCAGGGAAAGGCAGCACCUCCCAUGGAGCCUUGUGCCAGCGAAGAUUUUGAAGGCUAUUUUGGGGGUGGAUGGCACCUGCCUCGCAUCACUUCAGGGCUCUGGGCUGUCCUGGUGCCUCGCUGUACCUGCACCUUGCAUCAAAGAGGUGCUCAGGGCGAUGGGGCUGCAGAUAAGGGUGUUUUCUUCCUCCCGUGUAUGAUGGAGAGAAAACAGCAACUCUGUGACCUGCAAAUGCUCCAGAGCAAGACUGGGAGCUGGGUGACGAGCCAGGGUGGUCCUGAGGCGGGGGAACGAUGCUGGAGAGGGGGUUUGGUCCCUGGGGAUGGAGACAGGCUGCACUGCAGGGCUCCUCUUGGCUCUUGCAGGCUGUGACUCGGGCUUUGGGCAGGCGACGGCACAGCACUUGGAUGCCAUGGGCUUUCAGGUGUUUGCCAGCGUGCUGGACCCGCAGGGACCCGGUGCCCAGGAGCUGCGCAGGAGCUGCUCCUCAAGGCUGACACUGCUGCAGAUGGACCUGACCAAGCCGGAGGACAUCCAGGGCGUCCUGCAGCACAUCCAGACCCACACCAACAGCACAGGGCUUUGGGGCCUAGUGAACAAUGCUGGCUUCAAUGACACCAUUGCCGACGCCGAGCUCUCGCCGCUGGGCAAGUUUCGCACCUGCAUGGAGGUGAACUUCUUCGGCUCGCUGGAGCUCACCAAGGGGCUCCUGCCCCUGCUGCGCUCCGCUGGCGGCCGCAUCGUCACCGUGAGCAGCCCUGCAGGUGACAUGCCCUUCCCCUGCCUGGCAGCCUACGGGGCCUCGAAGGCAGCACUCAGCCUGCUCAUGGACACCUUUCGCAGUGAGCUCCAGCCCUGGGGCAUCAAAGUCAGCCUCGUCCUGCCAGGCUACUACAAGACAGGGACAACAUGUGACCCUGCCUUCUGGAACCUGCAGAAGAAGCAGCUAGUAGCCAGUCUGCCCCGGGAGCUGCUGCAGGCCUACGGUGAGGACUACGUGGAGGAGAUCAACCGUCAGUUCAUCCAGUUCAUGAAGGUGGCAGUGGAGGACCUCAGCGCAGUGGUGAACAGCAUCACGGAUGGGCUCCUGGCUGCCAACCCAGCCGUGCGCUACUACCCGGGGCAGGGCCUUGGGCUCAUGUAUUUCAUACACCGGUACCUGCCCUAUUUUGUGCGAGACUUGUUCCUGAAAGGGUUCUUCAUCAACCCCAAGCUGCCCCGAGCACUGCGGCAGGAGCACCACGAUGCCACCAAGAAGGCCUGACCAUGGCCCGCAUGCGGUCGCGGGGCAGGAGCAAGCCUUCUCCCGGGAUUCCCCGGCACCCUGGCCCCCGAGCGCGUGCGCAGCCGCCGGCAUCACCCUCCUGGACUGUGGGGGAACAGGCAGCACUAGACAGUGAAAAACCAAAUUGCUUUCCAGAAUCAGGCAGAUCUAUUUUCUAUUGUGCGAGAAUCAAUGUUUUCUAGAGACCAUGGUUUUGUAUUUUUUCUACCCAUGCAUCCCCCAAGGGGGCCUAGCCCUGCCUCACUCAGCAGCUCUGCACCACACACUGCAAUGGACCUUGGGUGUUUCUCAGCUACCCAACAUCUUCCUCACUGCUGUUGGAGCUGCAUUCACCUCCAUCAAUCACCUCUUGCCUGGGUCAUACCCAGGACCCUGUGGCCACUGCCUCCCUGCCCUUACCACACACUCCACGUGCUCUGGCGAGUGCAGGGGCCAAGGCCAGGCUGCCAGCGCCGCAGAGCUCCUCGAGAUGAGCUACAUGAUUGUCACUUUUUAAAUAAAUUUGUUCUUGAUAUGCCA